AUGGCGCGAAUCCCGGGAUUUAGCAAUCGGCCGAAACAAGCGGCGUUACCUAUAGAUUUCUUGAUUGUUGGCGGCGGUAUCGCAGGUUUUGCCUGUGCCGUAGCCCUACGACGAGUGGGUCAUCGUGUCCUUGUCCUUGAGAAGGAUGCUACAUUUCCAUCGAUAUCGGGUCCGUGCCGGAUGCCCCCAAACCUCAGCAAAAUUCUCUAUCAUUGGGGUCUCCAAGACGAAUUGAGGAAGAUAGGUGUUGUAUCUGGAGCUAUCAAUAUUUGUCUUCAAAAUACUGGAGAGCUACUUGGGAAGCACGUUUGGGAUGAGGAAGUACUGAGGGAGACCCGGGGCGAGUUUAUAUUCGCUUCCCUAGCUCAUAUUGGCGACUUGCGACGGCUUUUGUACGAUACCGCCGUGGCGGUAGGAGCAAAUGUUCGAUUGGGCUCGCGGGUAAAAACAGUAAACCCCGACGCACAAACGGUGACCCUCACCAACGGAGAGGUGCUUAAAGCAGACGUUAUCGUAGGCUGCGAUGGACCCUCUGGCAUAACCAGACAAGUGUUACUGAUAGAACAAGAAGAAUAUGAUGAUGAAGUGCCAAUAAACAUGAGCAUGUACUGCACGACGAUACCCAAAACUUUGAUCAUGAAAGAUCCUCAACUGAAAGAGCUGUACGACCAUCAAAUUCCCACGAUGUACACAUGGUUUGGCGAUAAACACGCUGUGCUUGGAAUGCCCCUGGGUGGAAGGAAUCCUGCGUUUGGAUUGUGUGCAUACGGCCCCCAGGACAAAUAUGAAGGAUCCUGGGACGAACCCGCCCCACUACCUGGUCUACGUGGCAUGCUCGCAUCUAGUGAACCAAGGUUGCUCAGACUUAGCAAACUAGCCACAAAUACGGUUUGUGUACACGUAGAUGGUCAAGCACCUCUUGAAGACUGGGUAGACGGAUUUAUGGUCGUCAUGGGAGCCGCCGUCCAUCCAAUGCCCCCCGGAUCGAUCCAAGAAUGCGCACUAACAGUGGAAGACGGCGCUGUGCUGGCAAAACUAUUCUCACAUCUUCAUUCUAAAGACCAGAUUAAAAGUUUCCUGUGGGCGUUCCAAGAUCUGCGGCAGCCGCGUUGUGCAGCUGUACACCGAAAGGAGGCCGGAAUUAUCCACUACAUGACCGCUGAACCUGGAGAGUUCCAGUCCGCUCGUGACAAUAUGAUGCGGGCAAAACAGCAGGCUGGUGUUGGCAUCCUUGACGCUACGGGUGAUCUCGAAGAGACGCCUGAAUGGGUGGAAAUCAAGGAGGUAUUUGGGUAUGACGCAGAGGACGAUGCGGAUAACUGGUGGGUUGAGUGGGGGCUUUUGAGGGAGCGUGCGCGGAAUAACAGUAGUAGCAGCCAUAUGGGGGAGGUAGCGGGCACGAAGAACCUCUUCAACGACGUUCACAUCUCGCAUGUCAUUACGGCCUGA